AUGACUAACAACCAUACGCCAUCUGAGUCUAACAGUUCGGAGAUGAAAGAUGUCCCCGACAGCUUCCACGGAAGAAGCUUGUUCAACUCCAACAACCACUCCCUUAACAUGGUUUCGACAAACUCGUUCUUCUCGAAUAUUACCACACACAUUUCGAGAAACUCUGAGUACGUCCAGAACCCCAACAGCGCCAUCCACCCAGACAUACAGGUGCCGGAUGUCCCACAGCUUCCAUUGCAUAUGGUUUCCUCUCAGCUUCCGUCGCAUGGGAUGGCAGGCAUGCCCGCUGACUUCGACGACUUCUCCUUGGAUAUGAUCUCGGCAGACAUGGACUUCGAAGCCGCGUACUCCACGUUCAACGGGUUACAGCAGCAGCACGCGCAAUCGGAGAUCGAAAUGUUGCAAAAGCAGCAACAGCAGUUGUUGAUGCAGCAGACACAGGUCAAGCUGCCGUCCCCAUCGCCUCCGCCUCCCUCCCAGCAGUCACAACAGUUUGCUCCCCCAGGGCUAGCUGCCAAUGUGGCCGAUCCCCUUUACACACACCACCAUUUCCCGGGGAAUACGGACUAUGAUAUUAAGCAGGAGUUCGACAAGAAGCUCUUCGAACAACACCGGCAGCAAAUCUUGCAGGGUUUGAAGCCCACCCACCCAUCCCAGGGGCUUAUUCCGAUGAGCGGGACUCCUCUCAGCGGCCAGGACCCGAAGUAUUUCCUUCUUGACUUGGACUCGCCAAACCAAUACCCCGACAUGCAGAACCACUUGGACAGUUUGUUGUCGGUGACGGAGUCUUCGGCGAUUGAGCACUUCUUGGACACGCUUGACGAAGACGUGAGCAACUUCUUGCAACCACGCCAUGUGUCACAGCCGAGUCUUCCAUCAGAAAUAACGUAUAAUCUCGACGGCGGGUAUGCUCGCAAGCGCGCCCCGUCUAUUCACGAUCAGAUCAAUGAGGCGUUUGAGUAUGGCGGUGACUACCGUGCGCCGGCCCAGCCGCCGGCGACAACUAAUAGUCGUGUCUCCAAGCCCAAGAAGGCAGUCGCCAACUCCUUCGGUCAGCAGUUGAGCGACGUAGGGGCCAAGCUUGCUAAGAGCGAUGUGUCGUUUGAACCGAUCUUCCCCACCUACACAGCUGGUCAGCAGUAUCCCGAGGUGCCGCUACAGGAGGUCCAACACUGGGACUUCCCACCCAACGCUCUGUCUCAGGAUCCGUCUCGUGCAGGGUCUGUGAUUUCCCCAGCCAAAAUCAGUACCAACAAUACACCGCUCUCCUCUGCCCCGUCCUCUGAAUUUUCGUCGACAAAGGUGAACAAGGCCGAGGACGAUACAACGCUUCCCGGCAACGCAGCAAAGAAGAAGCGCACGCCAAGAAAGGCCCUCCUCACCCUGGAACAGAAGCGAGAAAAUCAUACCACCUCGGAACAGCGCCGGCGCCAGUUGAUCAAGGAUGCAUUUGACGCGCUUAUGGAUGCGGUGAACGGUUCUGAGUUGGAUAACGAGAUCAAACCGGUGCUUGUCAAGGCCGAGAGCUUGGAAGUCCCAGAGAAGGGACAGAAGAAGGCGGUCGCGAGAAGCAAGCUUCCAUCCAAGUUUGUAGUCUUGAGUAGUGUGCUCAAAGAAAUGCAAAUGUUGGAGAGCAUCAAUGCAGAGUUGAAGCUGAUGAUGUGA